UUCAGGUGAAUCUCGUACCUGCAGAGUGACGGCUGUGAGAUUAUUAUUGGUGAGUUGGAAAGUCUGUGCUGAGCUGUGAGCGGUCGAUAUGGCAGACUGGAGCCUACUGGGAAACUUCCUGGAGGAAGUACAGGAGCACUCUACCUCUGUUGGCAAGGUGUGGCUGACCAUCCUGUUUAUCUUCCGUAUCCUGGUGCUCGGGACGGCCGCCGAGUCGUCGUGGGGAGACGAACAGGAGGAUUUUAACUGUGACACUGAACAGCCCGGCUGUGAGAACGUUUGUUACGACCGAGCUUUCCCCAUCGCACACAUACGAUACUGG